AUGCACUUCAAGAUCACGGUCACUCUCCAUGCAUCAAGGGUGGAUAGGUGGAUCCGCGCCGUCAAGAGGGAUUUCCUCGACGCCGCACCAAUCAAGUGCGUGGGCUUGGAUUGCGAGUUCACCGACCAUCACGAGGGUAGAGAUAAUCAGCGCGUCGCCGUCCUUCAACUCUCGGUGGCGACCGAUAAUUUGGUCUUUCAAAUUUGUUGGGCUGAUGAAGUGCCGCAAUUUCUCAAGGAUUUCUUGCAAAACAAGACAAUCAGAUUCUGCGGCGCAGCUAUCCACAAAGAUGUGGAAAUGAUGCGUUCCUACGGAGUUAAUAUUCCGUCUGCGUUCGACCUCCAAAAGAUAAUCCCGAACCCCCCAAAAAUCUCAUUCUGA